CCGCCUGAAGGGAGCCUGACAGGCCUUAGCAGCACCGCCGCCGCCUGCCCGGGGCGCUCCCCCUCUCCUCAGAGACCGCCGCCGCGAGCCGGGACCCCGACGGGAGCCGCCGCCGCCGCGAGCCGGCCCGAAGCGCGGCGCAGGCCCGCCCGCCCGUGCGUCCGUCCCCCCGUCCGUCCGUCCGUCCGUGCGCGGCGCGGCGCGGCCCGGGGGCGGGGCGGGCGGGCGCGCGGGCCCGCGGGGCGGGCGCGUGGAUGGAUCCGCGCGUGGCCUGGAUCCAGCCGGAGCAGAAGGGGCCGGCCAAUGCCCUGUGGAUGCAGAUCUGGGAGACCUCGCAGGGCGUGGGCCGCGGCGGCGGCUCGGGCUUCGCGCCCUACUUCUGCCUCAACUCGCCGGCGCUGGACACGGCGGCCGCGGCCGCGGCGGGGACGGGGGCGGCCGGGCCGGGCGGCGGCGGCGGCCUGGGGGGGCCAGCGCUGCCCGCCGCGUCGCCCCCGCCGCCCCCACCGCCGCCCAUACCCGGCACGGCCGCACUGCCCCCCGCGCUGCUGACGGCGCUCGGGCCCGCGGCCGAGGGUGCCCGGCGUCUGCACAAAUCGCCGUCGCUGUCGUCCUCGUCCUCGUCGUCCUCGUCGUCGUCCUCCUCGUCCAACGCCGAGUCGGGCACCGAGAGCCCCGGCUGCUCCUCCUCGUCCUCCAGCAGCGCGUCGCUCGGCCGGGCGGGCGGCGGCCGCGGCGGCGCCUUCUUCCACUUCGCGGACGGCCCCCCGAGCGCCCCCAACGGGCACGCCGGGCCACGCGGGCCCGCGCCCGCCGGCUCCCCGCCGCCGCAGCACCAGUUCCACCCGGGCCGCCGGAAACGCGAGAACAAGGCCAGCACGUACGGCCUCAACUAUCUGCUGUCCGGCAGCCGCGCCGCCGCUCUCAGCGGAGGGGGCGGCCCCGGGCCCCAGGCGCCGCGGCCCGGCACGCCGUGGAAGAGCCGCGCGUACAGCCCGGGCAUCCAGGGGCUGCAUGAGGAAAUAAUUGACUUUUAUAACUUCAUGUCCCCUUGUCCUGAAGAAGCCGCCAUGAGGAGAGAAGUGGUGAGGAGGAUCGAGACGGUGGUGAAGGACCUCUGGCCGACGGCCGACGUGCAGAUAUUCGGCAGCUUCAGCACUGGCCUCUACCUUCCCACCAGUGACAUCGACCUGGUGGUCUUCGGGAAGUGGGAGCGCCCCCCGCUGCAGCUGCUGGAGCAGGCCCUGCGGAAGCACAAUGUGGCCGAGCCGGGCUCCAUCAAGGUCCUGGACAAGGCGACGGUACCAAUUAUAAAACUCACAGACCAGGAGACGGAAGUUAAAGUCGACAUCAGCUUUAACAUGGAGACCGGGGUGCGGGCAGCAGAGUUCAUCAAGAAUUACAUGAAGAAGUAUUCGUUGCUGCCUUACUUGAUUUUAGUACUGAAACAGUUCCUCCUGCAGAGGGACCUGAAUGAAGUUUUUACAGGCGGGAUUAGCUCGUACAGCCUCAUUUUAAUGGCCAUCAGUUUUCUGCAGCUGCAUCCGAGAAUCGACGCCCGGAGAGCGGACGAGAACCUAGGGAUGCUGCUCGUGGAAUUUUUUGAACUCUACGGAAGAAAUUUUAAUUACUUGAAAACUGGUAUUAGAAUAAAAGAAGGAGGUGCCUAUAUCGCCAAAGAGGAGAUCAUGAAAGCCAUGACCAGCGGGUACAGACCGUCGAUGCUGUGCAUUGAGGACCCCCUGCUGCCUGGGAACGACGUGGGCCGGAGCUCCUACGGGGCCAUGCAGGUGAAGCAGGUGUUCGACUAUGCCUACAUCGUCCUCAGCCAUGCUGUGUCGCCACUCGCCCGGUCCUACCCCAACAGAGACUCGGAAAGCACCUUAGGGAGGAUCAUCAAGGUGACCCAGGAGGUGAUCGACUACCGGACGUGGAUCAAGGAGAAGUGGGGCGGCAGGGUCCACGCGGCGCCGGACCCCGACAACAGGAUCAAGAUCGCAGAGCGGAUGGGCGCAUGCGAGGGGGACCAGCCUCCUCGACGAGACCCUGAGUCUCCCUUCGGCCCACGCCUGACCCUGUCCCUGCCCGGCCCCCAGCUCCGGUCGUCUGGCUCCUCCGCCUCCUCCGUGUCCUCACUCUCCGGCAGCGACAUCGAUUCGGACACGCCUCCCUGUACGACACCCAGCGUGUACCAGUUCAGCCUUCAGGCGCCCACCCCUCUGCUGGCCAGCCUGCCUGCUGCCCUGCCCAUGCCGAGUGGCAAACCUCAGUCCGCCACGUCCAGGACGUUGGUCAUGACAACGAACACCCAGACCAGGUUUACUAUUCCUGCCCCGACGCUCGGCGUGGCCCCCGUGCCCUGUAGACAGGCGGGCGUCGAAGCCGCCCCGGCGCUGAAGGCUGUCCACCAUGUGUCCUCCCCAGCCAUCCCUUCUGCGUCCCCCAACCCGCUCUCCAGCCCCCACCUGUAUCACAAGCAGCACAGCGGCAUGAAGCUGUCCAUGAAGGGCUCCCACGGCCACAGCCAGGGCGGCAGCUACGGCUCGGUGGGCACUGGCGGUGUGCGGCCUCCCGUGGGCAACCGGGGCCACCACCAGUACAACCGCACUGGCUGGAGGAGGAAAAAACACGCGCACACGAGGGACAGCCUGCCCGUCAGCCUCAGCAGGUAAUGCUCCGGCGGCUGCCGCCCGCCUCGCAGACAGCAGGGGUGGCCGCGGGGCCCGGCCCGGAGACCAGGCCCGGCCGGCCACGCUGCAUGCCCCGUGUGUGGUCACGUCCUCGAGAGCAGCUCGCUGUGUCGUCUGUGAAGCCUUAGACGUGGACGCUGUCUGCUGCUGCCCAGGCACUGCCUGCAGGGAGCGGGUCUGCGCGGGACCCGGGGCCGGCGGGGUUGGGCCGCCUCUCGGCACCGUGCUGCCCUGCGGGUUGGGUACUUUCAUUUCACGUUGUCGGAGCAGCGGAGUGCGAACCCCAGUAUUUGUUGGGAGGUUAUCAUUGUUUUACUGCCCUCACAUUUUGUUUUGAAUUUCAGAACUGUUUUUCUAUGUAAAUAUUGAAAACUUAUGAUUUGUGCAAUAACUCAGAUAUUUUUUAUUUAAUUUCAUAUUUUCACAUAAGUUAUAUUGAAGGGAGGAGGGAAUUUUUUUAAACAAGCUUAGAUCCUUUCCCGAGUUGCAUUUUCUAAGUUGGGUUCAUCGUGUCGGCUGGUUGAUGAGCGUCGUUGUGAACACCACGAAUGAGGGGCUUGGGUUAUUUUUAUGUUCCUUCUUCAGGUCAGACGUGAGGCCUCUUAGCCUGCGGUGAAGGAGCCGAGUCCCCCAGUGGGCUCCCUGAGGGGUUCGGCUCCUAAACAUUCUGACCAGCUGCCUGCCGGCUCUGCCGUCCGGCCUGUCUGUGGUCCUGCUCUGACCUCGGAGUUUUAAUGUUUUGGGUUUGGUUAUUUUAAACUGUAGACAACAGACCCAGCAUUUAAAGUGCCAGAGUAUAACUUUCUACAGGGAAAAAAUGUUGUCACAUGGUAAGAUCUUAAACAAGCGUGAACCGUGAAACGCUGCAGUUUUAGUCACGCAGCCUGUCAUGACGGGUCUGGGAGCACAGACAAUGGUACCCAGUUUUAGGAAUGUGGAGAAAGGAGUUAUGUUGAUUCCAUUGUGGAAUCUGUAGCGUAUGCAUUCGUUCUGUUAAGAGCAACUAUAGGAGAAGUAUUUGAGCUGCUUGGCGCGCCGUGGGGGUUAACACAUCGCAGGGGAGCACAGUCCAGGGUCGGCCGCGCGGCCGGCGCCCGACCCGAGAAGCAUCCUCUGCAAGUGCGUUCUGCCACGACAACCACUGUCUUCUGUUACCCAUCCCGAACACUGACGCAGCCACCCUGCCUCACCCUGAGUUUCCUGAGCGCCGCAGGUGUCCCGGGAGGUGGGCGCCUCUCCUAGGUUGUCCGGCUCCCAUUUUUAAGACAGGGUUCUGACCCUGCCACACUACAGGCGGGAUGGUCUUUGAAGUCCACUAGUGAGAGACGGGACGGGAAGCUUACUGCUGUGACCCGGGGCGUGCAGAAGCGGGGCGUCCUUGAGGGCUCUGAGCGCCACACACCCCGCCGUGUCUGCGGGCCCCGGAAGGCAGGCCCGGCCCGCCCGUGCGGAGAGAGGCUGACCUGCCUGCGGGCUCCCUGGGGGCGCCCGAGCCGAGUAGCACAGUUUGUCUGCGGUUCGUGAUGAUCCAAGGUUAUCAAAAAUAUUUAAAGAUAUUUAAAUUGUGAACCUAUUGAUAAAGAAUUAUUUAUAAAAACUGAUACGUAGGCCUGUACUAAUCUCUCCGCAUUAGCAAUAUUGACUGUAACCCUCCACUAAAGAAACACGGCGGGGACUGGGAGCACCGCGGGUGGGCCCGGGACGCAGUCCCAGACUGGGGCGCCAGGCUCCAGCCCACACGGUGAACGAAUGAAUUGGCCUGGCUCCCUGUGGCCACACACCGCAGGCUGACAACAAGAUAUAUCAUGUUUCGAUUUUUUUUGUGCGUGGACAACAAUGUGGAAGCUAAAAUUGACAUAUUUUUAUGUAAAGUUUUUCUAUUCUUUGAUUUUUAAUAAACUUUGGAAACCAG